GUGUGUUCAUGCAUACUGCCAGCGCCACCAUAAAGGGGACUCCGGCGUUUUUGGAGGAAUACGUAUACACGACACACGCUCACUUUCAAAGUAGUAUGUUUACGCGCACGGAGCGAAUACCAAAGCAAAUACUCGCAGUACUCACAGUCACAGUCAAUAUCGGAACACGGCCCGAGUCUCUUGAUUCUGCUCGCUCGCGUACCUUCUCGGAUUGCAAACAUGCCAAAAGAAAAAAACAAAAAAUAUCUGCAAAAAUAUGUAAAGUGUUGGGAGACCGAUUCAGCGCUUCAAGCUUGCAGAUCAACCGAGGUUUUCAAAGUUUUUUCCUGAAAAAGGUUGGCUAGGGCCUGAUCCAACUGAUACAUGUUCUGCGGUCUGCAAAUAUUGUCGAAUAUCGUUGAAAGCUCACAAAAAGGAUUUGAUGAACCACGCAAAGACAGAAAAACAUAAAAAAGCUGUAUCCUUGGACAAAUCAGCAAAGACAUUCGAACCGUUGACUUCAACAUUUGAGCCAGUUCUGACAGAAGCAACGAAGAUCACCGAAUUGAAAAUUGCUGCAUU